CUUUAAAAAUUCAAAACCAAAAGAAUUUCUCUUUUUGCAUAUAACAACUACAUACUUUCACUUUCUUCAGCUGUGCUUCAUCCCAUAUGCACUUUUCUUGCUAUAUAUAGAGUACACACUGAAUAUAUUCCUUUCCUGCAGCAGGGGAGGAAAAACACAUAGAGAGCGAGGCAAAAAAAAAUUUCAUUUUCAUUUCUACAAUGUGCACUUUUCUCGUGUGAUUCUCGAGAUAUUCUUUGCUUAUGUAUAUAACAUGAUUUUUUAACAUUUCUUAAUGGAUCUUUAUCUUUCUUUUAGUGAUGAGUGAAUUUAAAAAAAAUAUAUAAAAUACUUGUGCUGUUUAAAAUGAAGUAAAAAUUUAUAUCACAAUAAAAAAAAUAUUUAAAAAGUUGUAAAAAAGUGCAAAAAAGAGGAAACAAAGAAAACUAAAGUCAAAAACUAAUAAAAACCUAAUUUAUUUGUUAAACGUGUGAUUUAUCCACAAUAUCUUUUAUUUCGGCUGUAUCGUGAUUUGAAAGUCAUUGAUUGUUUAUAGGUGUAGCAAAUAAAUAUAAUAUAAGCCAAAAACAAACAUUUGAGGCCCUUCGUUCUACUUUUGAGUCCUCAAAACCAUGAAAAUGGACGAAUUGAAUUGUCUUUUUGUCAUAAAACUUUUGAAAAAUCGACAAAAUUAGACAAAAAAAAUCAUAAUUAAUAUAAACAGUUUUGAUUGACUAAAACUCAGGAAAAUCUCAUCGAAUUUAUUGUAGUCAAGAGAAAAUAAAAGUCUUUCUAGACGGGAGUUGUAUUUGUGUUAGCAACAAGCAGGCAAAUUCUUAGAAGGAGAAUAAUAACAACACCAGCAAAAUGGUGGACACCCAACACUUUUGUCUGCGAUGGAAUAAUUAUCAGAGCAGCAUUACAUCGGCAUUUGAGAAUCUUCGCGAUGAUGAGGAUUUUGUCGAUGUUACAUUGGCCUGUGAUGGAAGGAGCCUAAAAGCUCAUCGCGUUGUGUUAUCAGCAUGUAGUCCCUACUUUCGCGAACUCUUAAAGAGUACCCCAUGCAAACAUCCAGUAAUUGUCCUUCAAGAUGUUGCAUUUACGGAUCUUCAUGCUCUCGUCGAGUUCAUCUAUCACGGUGAAGUGAAUGUUCAUCAACGCUCAUUGAGUUCCUUUUUAAAGACAGCUGAAGUUCUUCGUGUGUCUGGUUUAACACAACAACAGGCUGAGGAGACUCACAAUUUAGCUCAAGUACAAAGUAUGGCGCAACCUGGUGGACGAACACCAUUGAAUCAUCAUCAAAGUUUCACUGAUAAGUUGGUUGAGGAAGCACUUCAAUUUCCACAUGGUGCAUCACCUCCACCUCAUUUGAAUAAUAUGCAUAAUCCAUCAGCUCAUUCUGGCGCAACUGUCAAUCAAUUAUUGCGUCGUGCCGCCGCUGCAGCUGCAAUGAGACGUGAACGCAACAGCUCAUGUCACUCAGAUGAUUUACAAUUGAAACGUCAUCGUCCAGAUAGUGGACUCAUGGGUCCGAACAUAAAUAAUAAUAACAACAACAACAACAACUUAGAUAUCAUCAAUCACAUGCCACAGAUUACUGCAACUGAUUUCUCGACCAAUAUUAAGCACAUGAAUAACAUUUCGCCACAUAUUAAAGAUACUGAUCGUUUGGAUGUAAAGACACCUAAUGGCAACAAUAAUAACACAUUGAGCACAAACAAUAACAAUCCAAACAGUAACAACAACAAUUUAAAAGAGACGAUUAAUUUGACGACAAAUGGCAAUGGUGGUGGAAGUUUGGGAUCAACAACAGACAAGGAGAGUUUGACACCAUCACCUUCAGCACGAUCAACAGAUGAUGUUAAGACGGAACCGAUGGAAUUAGUUAGUAACAGCAUUAGUCACGAGGAUGAACAUAGUAAUGAUUCAGUUGUUGACGCCGAUCGACAUUCGAGUAAUGGAAAUGAGUCAAAGGGACCGCUUAGUGGAUCACACGAGGAUGACAUGGAAGCAGGAAGUAUUCACAAUCAUACAGCACCUCCAUUUCUAAUGUCACCGAGCGAUAAACUCUUCCCUCCACCCGGCUCAUUCAACUUCUCAAUGGCUGCUCUCGCUGAUCCAAAUGCUCUUGCUAGUGAGUACUAUUUUGAUUUCAACUCAAUGCAAUCUGCCGCUGCUGAACUGGCUGGAUCGCCUCAAGGACCCCAAAGUGGUGUCAUCUCCCCAACAUCAUCGUCUUCAUCACAACAUAAUAAUACUCCCCUACGUAUGCCGGCUCCAUCAUCAGCUGGUAUUAAUGAGCCCCAAGAGUGUCCAUAUUGCCGACGAACGUUUUCAUGCUAUUACUCAUUGAAGAGACAUUUUCAAGAUAAACACGAGCAAUCGGAUACACUUUAUGUGUGUGAGUUCUGUCAUCGACGAUAUCGAACGAAAAAUUCACUAACGACACAUAAAAGUCUUCAGCAUCGGGGCUCAAGUGGAAUGCUCAAGAGAUUACUUAAAACAUCAGCGAUAAAGAAUGUACUUGGGUCACAUGGACAACCACAUCCGCGACCACAUUUGUUUGAUUUUGCUGCCGAACUCGGUCAACCACCACCGGGUAUUCCACAAUAAAAAUGCAAUCAAUUAAUGAAUCUUGCAAAUGCUCUUUACAUUAGACGAUUCAGCAUUGAUGAUGAUAUGAUGUAUGAGGAUAUGAACGACAACAUAAGACAUACAUGAGACAUGCAACAUUAAUUUAAAUUUAAAUUUAAAUUGAAAAAAAUUGAAAAAUCCUUUUUUUUCGGAAUGAGACAAUUCUAUUUUUAGUCAAUUUUAAAUGUGUAAAUUUUACAUGAAAGAUGAUGAAAAAAAUAUACAUAUUAACAAUUUACAUAUACAUAUAUAUACAUUAUAUAUAUACUUGCAUCAAUCAAUCAAAUUUGAUGAUGAUAAAAAAAUGAGAGAAAAAUCUUUUUUAUUUCUUAAAAAAAAAUAUCAAAAUUUUUUAAAUAUUGUAACGUGAUUUGAGAAGAAGAAGAACAAAAAAUAAUAUUUUGAAUGAUUUAAUAACCUUAGUUUAUUUUUUCUUUAAAAAUAUUUUUGAGGUUAGCAAAAGUUUGAGAAAAAUUCAUUCAGUUUAUGAAGAAAAAUUCAGGAAAAGUCUCAGGAAUUUAAAGGAAAUCGAAAUUUAGUCAACUUAGUUGAUGAAUUCUUUAAAAUUUGGAUAAAUUAAAAUUUUUGAUUAAAAAUCCGGUAAAUAGCUGAAAGUAAGUUAAAGAUUGAAAUAAAAUCCAAAAUACCAUAUCGAUGACCACACAUCAUAUCGAAACUAUAAAAUAAAUCAAAAAUACAAAAAUUCUACGUUAAACAUAUCAAAACGCGUGGUAGCUUCUGUUGCAGGCAGAUUAAAUUGGAAGAAUUGACAUAUCUCAUAUGAAGUGUUUGCUAAACAUUGAAAUAAAUGUAUUAAUGAGAUUAUAAAAUGAAAUUUUGGUUGAUCCAAAAUCGACUCAUUUAAAUGAUAUAACACCUCAAAAUAAAAACUGAAUGAAUUUUAUCAUAUUUUAAGCCUCAUAAAAAUAAAAUUUUUAUCCUAUUCUUCCCCCUUAGUUGAUAAAAUCAAAUACGAGAUAUUCUUUUUUACUUGCAUUUAUACGCAUUGGCGAUUGUGCAAUAUUUUUUUUUAAAUUGAUAAUUUUUUUAUAGAGAAAACUAAUAUUCAUAUUGAUUUAUUAAUUUUUGUCUCUUUAAUAUUUUUUACCGAUGGUGAUUUUUUAAGUGUGAAUAAUUUUGAUUAUUUUUUUGAGAACACCUUCACUACAAUUUCUAUCACUGGCUGAUAUGAAGACUAUUGUAUAUUGAUGAAUUUAAUGUCGAAAGAAGCUUUAAAUUACAAUCAAAAAUUCGUAAUAAUUAAUAAAAAUCAAGAAAAAAAAUUGAACAAAAUUAUUCAUUCUUAAAAUAUUAUCCUUAAUAAAUUUCACUAUUUUAUUGUGGUUCAAAAAAUUUUCAAUAUGCAAAAAUUGACCACAAAUCCUUUUUAAAAGAACUUAUAUCAAAAUAUAAAAAAAAACUUCUCUGAGAUGAAAAAAAGAACAAGAAAAUAUCAUGAAAAAAUUAUAAAUUUUCAAAUUAAAAAGAUUUAAUGACAAAUUUUUGAUCAUAUCAUAAUGCACACAUCAAAUGAAGAAAUUUAAUUAAAUUAACGAAGUUUCGUUUUAAUUUCUUUAACUUGAAAGAAUUUCUCUAUUUAAGGAAAAAAAUUGAAGAUGAAAAAAAUUUUUGAUGAAGUUUUGGGGAGUUCUGUGAGGUUUAGUGAAUUUUUGGAUUCUUAGCAAAAUAAUUCAUGAGUAUUAACAGUGGAUUUUUAAAAUUCUACAGGGCAAGCUAGAAAGUAUUAAAAUGAAAGGGUGUCAAAAAGUCGAGUUUUUAAAAAAUACAACAGUAUAUCCACUUAAUGGCUGCCAAAUUUUAACUCAAAGUCAAUUAAAUUGAGGAAUGAAAUUUAUAAAAUUUUCAAGUAACCUCAAAAAAAUUAUCGACAGCCAUCAAAUAUACAACCAAAAACUACAUCAAGAAAAUUCAAAAAUUGCCACAAAAUCCUACAUAAAAAACCUCCAAAAAUUCUUCAGAAAUAAAACAAGUCAAAUGAUUUUUUUGAGAAACACUGUUGACCACAUUUUAUUAUUAUAUGAUAAGAGAUAAUUAAGGAAAAAAAGUAUAAAGGAAUAAAAAAUCUUUUUCGCGAUUUGAUAAAUUAAUGAAUGUUUAUUGAAAAUAAUAUAAAAAGAAAAAAAGAGAAGAAGUAAUUAUAAUGUUUGUAAAAUGCAAUUUCAGUAAAGAUAAAGUUUUUCUUUAUUAUUUUUGACCUCAGUGAUUCACCAAAUAAGUACAAAAAAAACUUUAAAAAGAAAGAAAACAUGAAGGAAAAAGAGAAAUAAAUUGAAUAUAAGAACUCUGGACAUUUGAAAUCUUGAGGAAAUGGAUGAGAAUAUGAAGAUAAUAGUUAAUCGAUUAAAAUACUGAAAUUCAGAAAUUAUUUUUUGUCAAAUUUUGAAAAGAGAAAAGGGAAAAGAUAUUUUUAAGGAUUAAUUUAAGGUUUUUACUGAUUAACAUUGAGCAUUAUUCACUUGAAUAUUCAAUAGUUUGAUCAGUAAACCUAAAAAUUUCCAUAAUAUUUCAAACCAUUUAAUUAUCAAAUAAAAAACAUCUUAAUUGCACUCAAAACAAUUCAAAAUGAUAUCCAGUUAAGUAAAAGCAGACAUGAAAAACACUCAGAAAGUACAAAAAAAAAUAAUAAUCACAUAGAAAAAUAUCUGACUUAGUUGAAUUUAUCCAGAGCUUAUUUGUAUAUUAAGGAGAGUGUCGUCUUUAGCUCUGGUUCCUUAAAGCAUGAAAAAACUCUUCCAGCUCUUGAAGUUGCAACAAACCCUUAAAAAACCCCAGUGAAAAAAGAAUCUGGAUAAAAUCAACUAAAUCAGAAGAUUCACCAUCUUUUCGGUCUACAUGUGCCAUAAAACUGAAAAUAUGACAGUAUUUAAAAUACAACGGGUCUUAGCUACAUAUUUCCUUAAAAAAUAAUAUCAAAAAUGUAUUAAUGUAAAAAUGUAAUAACUUCUCCUUUUUAUAGAAAAAAGCUUUAAAAAUAUUUAUAUACAGUUCUCAUGAAUUACAAUGCUUUUGGGAUUGUAACUUGGUGCCAAAAUUUUUAAUGCUCAAAAAAAUUGAUUUUUUUUACCUUUUCUCUUUUCAAAAUUCUGAUUGAGGUUCAAAAAGUCCUGAACCCUUGCAGCUCAAAAAAACCGAAUAGUUUCCUUAUCAAAAUAGAAAUUUGAAUCUUAAUUCUAACUACAAUUUCAACUUUCUGAAAGCAAAUGAGAAAAAAUUUAAAACAAAAACGAAAAAUGAAUUUCUGUGAUUGAGGAAAAUAAUAAUCAUUUAUCAAUAAUAAAAUAGCGAGAAAAAACUAGAAGAAAAAAAUUUAUUUUUUAUUUGAAUUCCGUGACAAGAAAGAAUUGCAAAUCUUCAGGGUAUUUACCAACUUUAUCCUUUCUCUUUUACGAUGUUACGAGUAAUAAAUAUUAUAGAACUAAAAAUUGAUGCACAGAUUUUUUUUCAAAAAGAUGAUAAAAUAUAAAAAAUUGAUAUUACGAAAGAAUGAAGAUAAAGAAAUCUAAUAAAUGAGAGUUAAAGUGUAAAUAAUGUAUUUUUGUGCCAAAAUUGUAGUUAGAUCUUUUUCCAAUUUUUCUCUAUAAAUGAAAUUCAAGACAAGAAUAAAAGUACGAUAUUUAAUAUUACGAAAUUGUGAGCUGGAAGGCUUAUUGGGGUUUAAAAAGAAGAUUCAAGGGUGUAAAACUUGUUAUUCAACAUAAUUUGACCACUUCUGCAUCCUUAAUUAGACUUAUGUUGACGAAUUCUAAGUGAAUCUAGUAAAAACUUUAAAAAUUCAGUUUGAAAUGCUAAAAAAUAAAAUAUUUUAUUUCAUAGAUAGACAAAAUUUACCUCAAAAAUCAUGUUAAAGCUGAUUUUAAUCUUAAAAGUUCAAAUAAACCUGAAAAAACUCGAGCUUGAUGUAAAAUAUCUCAGUUAAAAUUUUUAUAUAAUCUUAAAAUAAAUUGCAGCUUUCUUUUUGAAUAAUAGAAGCAUUUCAAUUUACGUUCAAACUGUAUUUUUAAAAAGUGAUUAAUAAAUUGAUCUUGAUCAAUAUUAUGAAUUUUUGCAACCUUAAUCAAAUCUUCAUCUUUUGCAAGAAACGCUUAAAAAAUUAGAUUCACUUUGAAAUUUCAAAAAUAACCCCCAAGAAAUCUUCCAGCAAUAAACUAAAAUAAAUCACAAGGAAAAUUUUCCUUGCAAAAAAAAUUUUAUUUCUUUUUAUAAACUUUUAAUUUUUCAAAAUCACCAACAUCUAAGAAAAUUCCUUCUUUUUCCAAAUCACAGAUGCAAAAUCAAAUGAAAAGUCUUUAAAUAAAUAAAAACGAAUAUCGAGAAGAAGUUGAUCAUUGGAUUCUUUCCACAAAUUGCAUAUAGACAAAAUUUAUUACUAAAACAUUAUUAAAUGAAAAAAUUUUAUCUUAAAAAUGUACUUCUGAACAUAUCAAAAAAUGGAAAAAUUACAAAAAUUGAUAAUGAAAAAAAAAUUAUUUUGAUGUCAAAAUGAAAAGGUCUCAUUAACAAAUGAUAGUGUUUGUGGAGUGAAUGCAAGAUAUUCUUUCUGAUAAUUGCAGUCCAAAAUCUUGCAACCACUCCAAAUCAUUAUCGAUCAAAUUUGUUAAAAAAGUUUUAAAAGAAUUAUUUUAAUUUGUUUAUUUUGGCUUUAAUUUAUUAACACAUUUUUAAUUAUUUUCACCUUAAAUUUAAUUGCAAUUAUGUUCCUUAUUUGAUUUAACUAUUAACAAAGAAAAAAAGAUUGAAAAAAAUUUGCAACUUUUCGGCUUAAAAAUUCAGUAUAUGUGUAUAAAAAAAUUUGCAUGAAAUCUAAGGACAUAGAAAAAAUUUGAAAAUUUAAAAAAAUUACAUUAAAUUUUGAAUGGAAAAAAAUCUGUGAUUCGUACAAUUAUUUUAAUGUUAUUAAUUUUUUAAAAAUGGUGAAAAAAAUUAUGUGAAAAAUUGUGAGAGAUAAAAAAAACUUUAAAAUUAAAAAUCUACAAGAACUGAUUAGAUCAUUAUUAAUUUUAUUAAAUUAUUAUUCAGACUUUUAUAUAGUUUCAAAAUUUUAAGUUUCGGCUACCAAAGAAUCUAAAUUAUUAUAUAAAGUACACCUAAAGUUGCACAGAUUUUGUUCCACAAAUAUUUUUGGAUACAAUCGGAAAAAUCAUUUUCAAACUAUUUUAUACAAAAACUUUUUAUUUCUUAAUCGAAAAAACUUAUAAACUUAUUCAAAAGGGGGUGUGAGUUGACUUUUUGUAAAUAUUUAAACAUUUCAACAAAAAUUACUUUUGAAUGAGAUUUUAAAAUUUUACAAAAUAAACUACUAAGCACCCCUUUUACCCCCUCAUACAUCGCUCUAAAAUUACUUCAAAUCGAACAAAAAAAAAAACAAAAAUGCAGACAGCAUAAAAAUACAUGAAAUUAAGCAAAUCAAUACAAAAUAAAUGAAAUUCAACACAAGAUUAAUGAAAGUAAAAUUCCGAAGAAACAAAUCAAUGAAAAAAACGCAGAAAUGAAAUGAAAUAAAAUAGUAACGCGAUAUACCUCUGUAAAAUAUACAAAAUGAAAUGAAAAAAUCAUCAUAGUAAUUAAAAAGUAACAAGAUUUUUUUUUCAAAUAAAAAUAACUACUAACAGAUUUCAAACAAAAAACUAAUAAUUAAAUAUAAAAAAGUUUCUUUGUGCCAUUUUUAUGUCGACAAUUAAUGGGUAGAAUAAUUAAUUAAAUAGUUCAGUUUUAAGACAUCAGAAAAAAAUAUCAAUUUUUAACUUUAAUUCACAAUUAUUAUCACAUUUAUUUCAAAUUUAUUUAAGUUUAUUCUACUGGUUUUAAGCUCGUCGUCGUAGAGUCUUCUCACAUAUCUUAAAAAUGUGUAUAUCAACUCUUUUUUUAAGGAUUUAAAAAAUGUGACAAGUUUUUGUGUUUUCUUUUCUAAAGAAAAUUUUUGAAUGUGAAAUUUUGUCGACUAUGUUGGAAAAUUUUACUUUCAAAAAUUUUUUGUUAUGCUUUGUUGGAUGAGAGACAUUUCUCACCCAUCAGACCACCCCAAAUAAAACUUAAAUUAAUAUAAAAAAAACUCUGUAAAUUUUUCAAUGGGAACCGAUAGUUUUUUACCGUCAAAAAUUGAUAAAUUAGAAAAUUGAGACAUAAAUGAAGAUGAAAAAAAAAUGAAAAAAUAUCUACAAGUCCGAAUUUAUAAAUGUAGAAAAAAAUUCUUUAAAUAUGAAAAAAAAACUUCUUGAUAAAGAAAUAAAGAGAAUAUUUAAUGAAUUAUAUAAUUAAUAAUUAAAAUAAGUCAAAUUUUAAGAGAAAAAUUUAAAUAAGAAAAAAUGUUUUUUCCAAGCAAAAUAAAUAAAUAGAAAUAAAAAAAAUCCUUCGUGUCAGUCGUAAGAAAGCUGAAUUCUGAUUUCUAAGAAAUUAUCAAUUAGAGAAUGGAAUGGUUGAGGAAUAAAAAUUGAAAAAAAAAAUAUUUACGACAGUUGGGAUUUUUAAGGCCAGUGACGAAUAGUUGAAAUAGUGAUGAAAUUUAAUACUGAUGAAACGUCUUUGUACAGUUUUAAUUGGAGGUUAUAAAGACUCUAGAGUGAGAGUUUUUGAGAAAAUGAAAAAGAUCUUGCAAAAAUUUCUCGAAAAUUCUCACAUUUAAGUCAGACCACCCCAAAAAUAUUUCAAUGUACCUCUUUGCAUGUGGUUUUUUAUAAACUAAACAAGAUAAAAACAAAAAAAUGAAGAAGAGAACGCAAAAAAUCAAAUUUUUUAUUAAGUAAAUUUACAUUUUCUUUAUUUUUACAAUUAUUUCAAGUCCUAUCUACCUUCAUAAAGAUUCCUGAGCUAAUAGCUGCUGUCAAUUUAAAUUCCAGCAGUCAUAAAGCUCAAGGAAUAAUUAAGCAUAUUAUUAAUAAUGGAUUAUUCUUUUGCAAUAUUAAAUUUUUAGUUGACAUUUAGUGAUAUGUGAAAAAAAUCAAGUAAUAAGAAAGGAUGAAAGCACCUCUUUAAUAAUUUUUAAUUUACAACUAUUAAUAUUAUUAUUAUUAUUUUAACUUCCAUAGAUUUAAACUUUUUUUGCUUACAUAUUAAGUCAUUCCAUUGCAGACGCUAAGCGUUUUCAAUAAUAAGUUUAUUAAUGUAAUGAAAAAAAAAAACGAUGAAAAAUUAAGACACGCAAAACUUACUUUUUUUUGCAAGGACUCAACUCUGGCAAUAUUUUUUGUGUAAUGAUUUUUUUAAGUAACUUUUUUUAUUUUGUUUCGUGUGGGGUUCAUUAAGGGGUUUUGAUUGAGACCUCAUUUGAAAUUCUCCAAAAGCUCCCCACAAAAAAUUUGGAUUACCUCUUCUACAACUCUUCAAGCAGCUUCUUUCCGAGCAGAUUAACACAUACAAAAGCAAAGUAUGAAAAAAAUUUUCAUUUUACAAAACAGAGAAUAUAUUAAAAAAACUUUUAUCACUUUGAAAUAAAAGAAGAAAAUGCAACCAGUUCAAAUGCAAACAAGCUGCCUUUAAGUCAGUACAAGAAAAAAAAACUAAAUAAAGAAAAAUUUAAUGCUCGUCAUUUGUGGAUGAUGAAGCAAACAAAAAAAAUCCUCAUAUCUUUUAUAGCAAAAAAGAAAAGUGAAAUUAUGAUGAAAAAAUAAUCUGCGAAGAAAAAUAGACACAAAAAAUGGAUAAUAAAGAUUUUUAUUAUUAAAAUUAUCGGAUAAAAGGGACUAUGAUGGGGUGUAGGAAGAGAGUUUAUGGAUGAAAAUUAGUGAGUUGUCAACUUAACAUUUCCAUCCAAAGACCCCAACUUUACAUCCCAAUUCAUGUCAUAAAAAAUGAAUUUUUUUAUAAUUUUAAAAGCAAGCAAAAAAAUUGCAAAAAACCAUAAAUUGAUGCCGACGUGAACAAAAUGAAGAAAAAAGAUGAAAAACAUUUACAUAAAAAAUAGUUAAACGAUAUACCUCAACAAUAAAAAAUUAUAAUAUAAAGAUGAAAUUUUACAAUAGAACCGGAAUAAUAAAUGAAAAUUAAGUUACGUAUACACAAAAAAUUAAGCAAACGGCCACGAAAAAACAAAAAUUAUAAUUUUCCUUCCUCUUCUUCAUUGCCAAAAUUACAAAAAAAAAGCUCUAAAAAUUCAUCUCUCUCUCUUUCACUCACUUCUUUUUGUAGAAUUUUUUACGAAUUUUUUAUGAGCAAAAUGGAAAUUAAAUUGCAAAAUUAUGAGAGAUAAAAUGUGAAAAAUUUCACAUUCCUUACAAAAAAGAGAGAACAAAAAUGAAAGUGAACAAAAAAUUGAAUUAAGGAAAAUCUUCAAAAAAUGGAAAAAUCUUCUAAUUGAGGAGGAAAAUAAGGAAAAAAAAAUUCAACAAUAAAAGGAUUUAAAAGUAAAAAAAGAAAAUGAGAAAAGUUUUUUCUUCAAUUAAUCAAAUUAUAUUGAACAUCAAUCAAUUAAUUAUAUAAACUUACUUAUAAUUAUUAUGAGUGUAAGAAGAAUUAUAAAUCAAGAAAUAAAAAUAAUAUUUAAAAUUAAAUUGAAAAAAUGAA